AUGCAACAAUCAACGUUGUUAGAAUCAUCGUCGUGCACUUCUUCCGAAAGCAAGUCGUGUGAUCAUGAACCGAAAAACAGUACAACCACGAGUAAUCCAAGUCAUGAAAAUUAUGGGAAUUAUUCUCGGUACAUUGUAGACGCAUCUUUGUGUGGCGUAGGAAGUCAUUUAAGAAAACUUGGAGUAGACACAGAAUACAGCAAAUCAUACUCUGAUUCCUAUAUAUUAUAUUUGGCCCGGACUCAAGAUCGAAUAAUUAUCACCAGAUCCACCAAGUUGUUGCAAAAAAUUAAUCAACAAAAAGAAAAAAUAGAAAACUACAAGAAAAAGCUUGAGAUUUUAAAAGACAGACAAGUUGUAAAAAGUUUGAUACAACAACGAUUAAUGAAGCCUAAAACUGAAGAGGAGAUUGAAGAGGAAAUACACGAAUUAACAGAGAUGAUCGAAGAAGAGAAACCAUAUAAUUAUUAUUGGUUGACAUCGAUAGGAAAGUAUGAACAACUCUUGGAAGUGGUCAAUCAUUUCAAAAUUAUAUUUAUUCCUGAAAAAUUAUUUGGAAGAUGUUACAGUUGUAAUGGUGUUGUAAUAGAAGUUAAAAAGGAAGAUAUUGAACAUUUGGUGUACGAAAAGACUUACCUUAAUACUGAAAAAUUCACGCAAUGCCAGAACUGUAAGACAUGUUUUUGGGGUGAUGCUGAGAGAGGAAAUGCUUAUCAAAGGAAAUUUUUUCAAAACUCCAUCUCAUUUUGUGCAUUGUACAGCUAUCAUCCAGAUUCCACUAGGGAUGACAGCAGUAAAUAA